CUGUCACAUAAAGUUGAGUAGGUGUCACAGGCAAUGGAAAACUGGUAGCAUGAUCACGCACUCACCAGGAAAACGAAUGACGAGGGGGAUAUAAAGUACCCUGGUAGAGUCCUACGAGAUAUCCACUGAAGGAUGAGUUGCUCGGUCAUCCUAUCAUGACUUCGAUCGGGAGCCUCGCUCUCUCGAGCUUCAUCUCGCGUUCGAUAUACGGUGUGUUUGACUGGAGACCCGUGCUCAUCUGUGUCACGUCCGAUGUCAUCACCAUCGGGCUCGACCACUACAAUGACCAAGCCGCCGCACUUGUACAGGCGAAGAAGACGGCAGACGCGACUGUCAUAUCCGUGUUCACUCGCGCACGCCUGCUGCUGCUUUCCAGCGCCACUCUCCUGGUCUUCGCGCUCCUGAUGUCCCCGAUCUCGACUUGGCUCAUUACUAUGGCAUUCAUCACUCCGGCCAUCCUAUGGGAUACCACUCUUUUUCACUGGAAUCCGAGCUCCGGUGCUCCGGUGAGAGUGAAGAAGACAAAGCAGGCGAAGGCCCAUGCGGACAGGAACGGAUUUGUUAUCAAACGCAUCCCGGGCAUGAAGGCUGUCUUCAUCGGUAUAAUCCGAGGAUGCGGCACGUUCGCUGUCGUUCACUCAAUCUUGUCUCGCUCGUUCCCAACGGAAACCACUGCAGCCGGUCUGUGGACGCCAAUGCAAAUCGUCGUUUGGUCCACCAUCAAUCGCACAUGUCACGCCGUAAUGGCCGACGUCCGUGACUUCACGGAAGACUGGGAACUGCAAGUCCCUACAAUUCCUGUGCUCCUCAAGUCCGUGUUCAAGACAAAGAUCCUCUUAACUACUAUGCAUGCCGCCACUAUACUCGCAUUCUAUCAGAAUGCGUAUAUUGUGUUCGCAUCGCUUUACGCCACGGCAUUGGUCUGGGUACUGGACGAGAACAGCCCGCGGAAGCUCUAUCGUCUAAGCUUCCACUCGCAGACGCUAGUGGCCGUAGUCUAUGUCGCAAUAGAGGUAUACAAGCGAUAUCAGAUAGUUGUCUAGAUAGUGAUUGUUGAAACAAUCAGUACUGGCCAAUAAACAUCAGGUUUG